AUGCGCUCCUUCGCUCUCGCGUCCGCUCUGACGGCGGCGAGCCUCGUCCACGCUUCGCCCACGCCCACUGAAAAUGAGCUACCUAGACGAGCCAGCUCUCUUCCUACCGUCACCGCCUCCGGCAAUGCUUUCUGGGCCGGUAAAGAUCGAUUCUACGUCCGGGGCAUCGACUACCAGCCUGGUGGUUCCUCGGACAAUGCGGACCCCCUCGCCGACAGCACUGUCUGCGAUCGAGACAUCAAGCACUUUUCCGACUUGGGCGUCAACACUGUUCGUGUUUACUCAGUCGACAACUCGGCCGACCACAGCCACUGCAUGCAGGCCCUCAGCGAUGCCGGCAUCUAUCUGGUUUUGGAUGUCAACAACCCCAAAUACUCCAUCAACCGAGACGAUCCCGCCCCUUCGUAUAACGACGUCUACCUCCAGAGUGUCUUCGCUACCAUUGACGAGUUUCAGAAGUAUGACAACACGCUUGCCUUCUUCUCCGGCAACGAAGUCAUCAACGAUAUUCCCGCAUCGGUCAAGUCCGCCCCCUACGUGAAGGCCACAACUCGUGAUAUGCGACAGUACAUUAGCUCCAGGAAGUACCGCAAGAUCCCCGUCGGUUACUCCGCUGCCGAUGUGAGCCAGAACCGCCAGCAGACCGCCGACUACUUCAACUGCGGAAGCGACGACGAGCGCAGCGACUUCUUCGCAUUCAACGACUACUCAUGGUGCUCGCCAUCCUCAUUCACCGAAUCCGGCUGGGACCAGAAGGUCAAGAACUUCACCGGCUACGGACUGCCCAUUUUCCUCUCCGAGUAUGGAUGCACAACGGGUGCCGGCGGCCGCGACUUCUCCGAGCUGGGCGCGUUGAUGAACACCGAGAUGACCAGUGUAUACUCUGGUGGUCUUCUGUACGAGUACAGUGUCGAAGGAAACGCAUUUGGUAUCGUCGAACUUUCCGGCGAUUCCGACACGGUGAAGGAGGAUACCGACUACAGCAAGUUCAAGUCUGCGUUGGCCAAGUACACACCCCCGAGCGGUGACGGUGGAGCCACAUCCACCACCACCUCGGCCGCUUGCCCGACCAUCGAUGAUGUCUGGGCUAUUGGGACUUUCGGUGCUAGCGCGCUUCCCGCUAUUCCUGAGAAAGCCGUCAGCUACAUGUCCGCUGGUGCUGGAACUGGCCCCGGUCUGAAAGGUGACGGCUCCCAGAACGCCGGCGGUACUUCUACUGGGACUGCUUCCGCUGGUUCUGGUUCUGGUUCAGUGUCUGCGACCUCAACCAAGGAUGGUGGUAGUGGAAGACCAGCCCCUCCCAUGGACAUGAGCGUGUUCGCAGUGACUGGAGUGGUGGCUUUCUUCACCCUGGUCGGCACUUUGCUGCUCUAA